GGUGGAGUUUGCCUAAUUAUGUUGAUAUAUUAUCACUGGCAACGGCACACGCCAACACAUCGCUCACCAUCAUAUCCAAAGAGCCGCAUUCAUGACUUGCAGAUGGUUCAAGCCAUUGUCCUAUCUAAACAACUUCUUAAUUCUGCUACGGGAAAUCACUCCAUGAUCCUUGUUCAACGCUAACCAUUAGACUCUGCAAUAAAUCACACAUGUCUCGCCAUUAAUGAAGGAAAGUCCUGCACAGAACCCCUAGAACAUCCACUCAAUCAUAGUCAGCCUUAUUCUUCAACACCACAACACUAUCCAUACAUCAUUGUAUUCACAUACACGGCACUGAGUGUGUGCAUAUUUCCCUGUAUACCUUAAACAUUGGGUUCAAUUGCAUCCAUAUCGUCAGAUCUGUAGCGUCCGUUACAUAUCCAGAUUCAAGGCAUACUCACUGCCUGGUAUCGAUCGAGGACGGGGUGUCUUACCACACUUCAGACGACGGACAUAGCUUCUGUCUUGGGGAUCCGAUCAUACUCUGACAUCUCAAGAAUACCAAAAUGGGGUUCUACAUGGCAUAUUUAGAGAAUUUGUGCCGUCGACGAGGUUGGCAAGGUCCCCAGUACAAGACGUACCGCGACGCACAAGGCUUCACCUGUCUCGUUCUCGUCAAUGGACAGGAGUACCAAACAGAUCUAGCAUAUCAAACCGAUGCCUUGGCUCAGGAGAAUGCUGCCACACAGGCCUUUAUGGUUUGCCGUCAGUCGUCAGUCAAUGGAGGGAUGCUGGCUCGUAAUGGCGUCAUCCAAGGAUUGCCUGCCAACGAGACGGCCAGCCGCAACAAGAAAAGGAAUGAUCGUCCCCGGCAACAUUCCGUAACACUCAGUAGCAGCUCCUCAAGCACGUCUUCCGAAUCGGAAAAUAGAGAUAUCAGAUACCCAAUGACGGUCGGCAGUUAAGAAAUGACUGUCGGCAAAUCCAUGUCGGUGCAAUGCGAUGCACUACGCACUACCCACCCAUACAUGAAACGAUACAGCAGGGACCCCGAGGCAAAUGAAAAAUUACGACUUAUGACUACCCAUGAAAAAGACGGAUCAUUACGGGCGGUAUAUUAUCAAAAGGAAAGAAUAUUCCACUGGCACGCUGCUAUUAACGACUUCCUUGACGAAUUGUUCCAUAUGCUCAUUUUUUUUAUCCAUUUCAUUCAUUCACAUCAUUAUGAGAUCAACGAAUUACACGAAUUUCCUUUACUCUUCUGUGUUUCCUUCUAGCUUUCUCAUGGACUCUUGUUUUGUUUGAAGCGGAAUGAUCAAGAAUCUACAAUAUCUACAAUAUACAAAUACUAUUGCAAAAUACUAUUGUGUAUGACGAACGGGUCCACGAUUUUCUUGGGUAUCACAGCACCGGAAUCUUGUGGAGAAAACGAGGCGACUCGAUAUUCCUGUACACGGUCUUUACGGAGAGGCAACUUUCCUCUAUGUUUCACCUUUGAAGAUUGGAAGAUGGGUGGUUGCGUGGUGAUUAAGUAUUUGUUUAUAGUGAACAAGUAAGCGAGUGGCGGAUGGAAAUGGGAGAGGAAAAUGAUGGGAGGGUUUUUAUGGGGUGGUUUUGCAUGGGGUGAUUGUUACAAGUGGUGAAGACGGAGGUUACACUCUUUGUGGAGGAUAGCGAUGCAUUGCAUGGAGGAAAAACUGAUGGUUCCACUUGAGCGUUGGAGAGAUGGUUGGUGGGUCAUGAACAUACACAUGAUGUGAUGAGUGAGCGUUGCAUUGGGGGCUCGCGCUUCUGCUGGGCGGCGAUGAAUUUCUCUCGAUUAUGAUUGAUGACUUAUGGAUACAUUUUCUUACAUUUCUGAUGAUGAAGAAAAAACACUUAGGGCUACCUUACUUUACGAAUUUACUAUUUUAUCUACCUAUAGCAGCUCGAUGUGAAUGUAUGUAUGAAUGAAACUGCA